AUGGCCAGCCCGUCUAGUUUUGCAGAAUCAGAGUUCUCUGAAGAGGAACGAGCGAUCAGCCCGUUGGCUCAGUCCAAGGAUGUCACAGUUGGAGCCGGCGCCGUGAAGCCUCUCCCGGACAGCGAGCGCUCGGCCAGCGGCCCCAGCAAGGCCAGCGACGGCGGGUCCGGGAGGAGGAGGAGGAGGAGGAGCCGGCCCGCGCGCUCCAAGGUGCGGCGGGUGGCGGCCAACGUCCGCGAGAGGAGGCGCAUCCUGGACUACAACCGGGCCUUCAACGCCCUGCGCCUGGUCCUCCGGCACGACCUGGGCGGGAAGCGCCUGUCCAAGAUCGCCACGCUGCAGCGCGCCAUCCAGCGCAUCUCCUCCCUGUCCGUCUUCCUGCAGGCCCGCCCCGCGGCGGCGGCCGCCCAGCCCUGGGGCCACGGCGAGGGCCGGCGAGGGGCGGGCUCGGCGGGACGGGAGGGAACGGGAGAGGCCCUUCGGGUGGUAGCGCCGGAGGGCCACCUGCGCCAGCAGCAUCCGCCGCCCCGCCCGGCUCAAACCCGCAGCCACGGGCACUCUCUGCCCUCUCAGCAGCAGCGUUACGUAGACACACCGGGACUUCCGGUCACCUUUUCCCCGCCCUCUCCUCGCUACCCCGCUUACGCCCCUGAAACGCAGUUCUACCUCCCCCAGAACCACUACAGGAGCCCCCGGGAGGAGCUGCACAGCCCCCCUUUCUACAGCACCAGACACAGUGCUAACCCCGGCCACCAAUUUGGGCCUUGUACACCUUAUGAUGAGACCCACACGGACACCUUUGUAGACAGCUGUCCCACAAUGCCCCUGUCCUGGCAGCUUAAUCAUCAUCUGUGGACAAGGCACAAGCAGUCUCUGAGCAUGCACUGA